AUGGAGGCUCUGGGUGGCUAUCCCACCAAACCCUCCAGCUCCAAACCCGGAGUAUCUCUAACCCUCUUACUGACUUCUGCGUUCUGCAUGGCUUCUCUUUAUCUACUGCACACUAAAUUAUCCAAACCCCGCAAAUCUAAAGACUUCUACACGUUCCAGGUGACGGACAGCAGAGGACGGUUCGUUUCUCUGGAGAAGUUCAGGGGGAAAGUUUCCUUGGCUGUAAAUGUGGCGAGUCACAGUGAGCAGACAGAGCAGAAUUACCGGAAUCUACAGGAGCUUCACCGUGAUCUGGGUACCGCUCAUUUUACCGUGUUGGCGUUUCCGUGCUCACAAUACGGAGAGACAGAAACCGGCACUAGCCGCGAGGCCGAGGCCUUUGCCAGAUCCAACUACGGUGUAACCUUCCCCUUCUUUAACAAGAUCAAAAUCAUGGGAUCUGAGGCAGAGCCUGCUUUUAAAUUUCUCACAGAUUCUGUUAAGCGAAUACCCAAGUGGAACUUCUGGAAGUUCCUGGUGAGCGCCGAGGGUCAGGUUCUGCGGGUCUGGAAGCCGGAGGAACCGAUAGAGGAGAUCAGAAAAGAGGUGGCGGUGCUCGUGCGAGAAAUCAUACUGAAGAAGAGACAUGAGCUCUGAGAGAUCUUAGUUACCGGGUGCUGUAAAGUGAUGUGGAAAACGUUCAGAGGUUCCUGAGAGGAGAACCGGUACUUCUCAGAACAGGAAAUGUGGAACUGAACUGUGUGUGUGUGUGAAUAUUUUUAUUGUUGUGACUGAAGGGUGAAUCUCAGGAAUUCACAUUGACCAAUCAAAUCGAACUGAACUGUGAUGUUUAUAAAGAUUUAUUAUCGUUUAUGCUGGUCGAGUUUCAUCUCGGCUUUGACGUCUGCACGACCACUUUCAUCUGAAAUUCUAAGAAAAA